AUGAGAACGUUAGAUUACACUUUAGAAAUAAGGAUCCCAUUCCCAGAGGAACGCAUGGCUACCAUUGCACAACAGGUAUUGAGUCCAGACCCCAUUUUGAAACCAGAGGAUUUCCAAGUGGAAUAUUUGAAACCUGCGACACAACAUAACAAUGUGUUACUGGUUAAAUUCCAAAGUAUAGACGAAAGAGUAUUAAGAGUCGGGGUGAGUAGUGUCUUGGAUAGUAUCAAGACCAUUCUAGAGACCAUGGACGAGCUGUAA